AUGUCGAGCCGCGAAGUCACGAGCCGCCUGCGCGAGAAAAUACAAUUCCCCCGCCUGUCCUACCUCGCCCUGCUCAUCCACAAACUACACGCCUUCUUCGCCCCCUCGUUAAUCUACCCGGACAUCCACCCCUCCGACCUCUGGUUCUCCUACGAAGGCGUCCCGCUGAAAUGGCACUACCCGCUGGGUCUGCUAUACGACCUGUAUUCCGGCGCCGAACCAUAUCACCCCUCUGACUCCCCCCCUCCAUCCCCAACAACACCUUCCAAACAAGACAGCAAACAACCUCUCCCAUGGCGUCUGACCCUGCACACAUCCGCCUACCCCACCACCCAACUCAUCCCCCUCGACAACAAUAAUCUCCAGAUUCACGACCUCUUCAUCCACAGCGUCAAGGAGGCGGACUAUUUGCGCACAGGCACGGGCAAGACGGUCAUGUUCCUCAGCCAGGCGGAUAGCACGCAGUUAUGGGACGCCGUGGUCAAACACGACUUUGCUCUGUUCAAUCCUAUCAACCAAAAGCUGCUGAACCCCCAGGGCGUCAAUCUGCGCCACUUGCCUGUGCGGCUGUAUUUGCCGCAUGCGGGCGUGGACGAGGAGGACAGGGGGAUGGGGAGUGUGAGGGUUGUGCAGAGUUUGGUCAAGGUGGAAGUGGGGUCGAGACAGCCGCAGACGAUUGGCACGGCGCUGAAUCAGAUUCUGCCGACGCUGUUUCCGAGUCGCAGGAGUGCGUUGCUGGCGCAGGCGGUGCUGCAUGGCGCUGUGGUGCCGCUUGGGGCAAGUGUCGAGGAGCUGAUUCGGAGUGUGGCGUAUUUGGAUGGGUGGUUGCAUAUUGCGAUUGUCAUGAUGGGAUAGACGGACUGCAAUGUCGUUUGCUCACGUACACGCUGGGUGCUAGUUGUUUGUAUCAACUUUACACAUCACGGUAAGGCCGAUCAUAACGACUGACAUAUCCCGUGGUGAGCGGUUGGCACGGUCUUCACCUCUUCACUUCUUCACUUUCACCGCGCGCACAGACCCUAGAAUCGGCGGUGAAUUUGUAAUGCGACUGAGCAGCAGCAGUCGUGAUUGGAGUGUCACGAGUGAGUAGUGACAAUAGCAAGUUCAGUUGUUC